AUGAUCAAACUGAGCUGGGGAGGAUUCGGACGCAUCGGUCGCCUGGUGCUGCGAGCCUGCAUGGAGAAGGGCGUUAAGGUGGUGGCAAUAAAUGACCCAUUUAUCGAUCCAGAAUACAUGGCAUAUAUGUUCAAGUAUGACUCGACACAUGGCAGAUACAAAGGGAAUGUGGAGCACAAGGGUGGACGCUUGGUUGUGGACAACCGGGAGAUCUGCUUGUACCAAUGCAAGGAUCCCAAAGAAAUCCCCUGGAAGGAUUUGGGGAGCCCCUAUGUGGUAGAGUCUACGGGUGUGUACCUGUCCCUAGAGGCUGCUUCAGCACACAUCAACGCCGGCGCCCAGCGUGUGGUCAUCUCCGCGCCCUCCCCGGAUGCUCCGAUGUUCGUCAUGGGUGUGAAUGAAAAGGAAUAUAAUCCUGGCUCCAUGAAAAUCGUCAGCAAUGCAUCCUGCACCACCAACUGCCUGGCCCCCCUCGCCAAGGUCAUCCAUGAGCGAUUUGGGAUUGUGGAAGGGCUCAUGACCACAGUCCAUUCCUACACGGCCACUCAGAAGACCGUGGAUGGGCCAUCGAAAAAGGCCUGGCGAGAUGGACGGGGUGCCCACCAGAACAUCAUCCCAGCCUCCACAGGGGCAGCCAGUGCUGUGGGCAAAGUUAUCCCAGAGCUCAAAGGGAAGCUAACAGGAAUGGCCUUUCGGGUGCCAACUCCAGAUGUGUCUGUGGUGGACCUGACCUGCCGCCUGGCCCGCCCUGCCCCCUACUCUGCCAUCAAGGAUGCUGUAAAAGAAGCAGCCAAGGGGCCCUUGGCGGGCAUCCUUGCGUACACCGAGGACCUGGUGGUCUCCACGGACUUCCUCGGCGAUACCCACUCGUCCAUCUUCGAUGCGAAGGCCGGCAUCGCCCUCAACGACAGCUUCGUGAAGCUCAUUUCCUGGUACGACAACGAAUACGGCUACAGCCACCGAGUAGUCGACCUCCUCCGCUACAUGUACAGCCGGGAAAAGUGA